GCUGAAUUCAGUUUCCAAACAAGCACAAAAAGGCACAACAAAGCGACAAUGAGCGGAAGACGAGGCGGUGGUGGUGGUAGUGGACGGCACCACGACUAUGCAGGUCGCGUGAGGCAAGAGAUCAACAGCGUCUACAACGUCUACUGUCGCAUGUUCAGCGCUGUCAAGCAACAACAAACAGCGGGUCGGCUGCACGCAGACGCGGAGAGCCAGAUUGAAGGAUUUCGCUUGGAUCUCGCCGUUGCCACGCUGGUUCGUCGGCUCUGCUCUUCAAUGGCGGCUUGA